AUGACCAUCAAAAACUCUUGUCCUCUGAUAAUCUUCCUGUGCUUCAUAAUGCCCCCAUUUGUAUUUUGUGACGGGGGAAUGCAUUCAGGUCCAUCGACCCAGAUUUUGCAUUCUUUCCAGGAAGACAGAAACGGGUCCAUAGCAGUGUCAGUGAAAGCAGAACAUGCUACCUCUAGAAAAUUUUGGUUGCAUGGUUCUUGCACAAGCAAAGACAUAAGCAUCUCGCAAAGCACAACUUCUACAUCAGGAAUACCACAGUUCAUUGUGCAGAUUGUUAACACAUGUGUUUCUGGAUGUGCUCCUCGUGACAUCCACCUCCAUUGUGGUUGGUUUGCUUCUGCAAGAAUAGUGAACCCCAGAUUGUUCAAAAGGAUCUCAUAUGAUGAUUGCCUAAUCAAUGGAGGGAACCCUUUAGCCUCUAGCCAGAUCAUCAGAAUCGCAUAUUCUAAUUCUUUUAUGUACCCUCUUGCUUUCAAGUCUGCCAAAUUUUGCUGA